AUGGCAGAAGUAGCCGGCGAAGGUCGUUCCAAGGCUCAGCUCAUUGUUGGCAUCGACUUUGGCACUACCUUCUCAGGCGUCGCAUUCGCCUUUGCUACCAACACCGAGGCCAAGGAAGACAUCAUCACCGAAUGGCCUGGCGCCGGUAACCAGACAAAGCAGAAGAUUCCCACCGUCCUCUACUACGACCAGUACCAGAAAGUAGUAGGAUGGGGCCCUGACAUCGCCGAUGCUUUGGCCCCCACGGGCUACCCCAAGCCUGGUGUGCAAAAGGUCGAGUGGUUCAAGCUGCAGCUUAUGCUGUCCGGAAACACAUACAUCGACCCCAUCAACCUUCCACCGCUACCUCCUGGCAAGUCCGAGAUCGAUGUGGCCGCCGACUACCUCUUCCACCUGCGCCAGGCAAUGCGCAACCAGCUGCAAAAGACGCUUGGUGAGGUUUUCAACCGAGAGGAGCGCAACAUCAGAUACUACCUCACGGUACCUGCCAUCUGGAACGAUGCUGGAAAGGCUGCAACGCGCGCGGCUGCCAUUCAGGCUGGUUUCUUGCGGGACGAAAACGACAACAGAUUGACACUCAUCACCGAACCCGAAGCCGCCGCCAUGUUCUGUUCAAAGACUGGUCUGCUCAACCUCAAGAUACACGACGCCGUUCUCAUCGUCGAUUGUGGUGGUGGAACCGUCGAUUUGAUUGCCUACGAAGUCGAAGAAGAGCAGCCCUUCUCCGUCGCCGAGUGCACAGCUGGAUCCGGAGACUCGUGCGGUUCCACUGCGCUCAAUCGCAACUUCAGCAACAUUCUCCGAGCCAAGAUCAGGAAGAUGAAACUCCCAGAUGGUUCCAAAACCGCCGGCAAGGUGUAUGCCAAGUGUAUCAUGGAUUUUGAGAAUAGGAUAAAAGCCGAUUUCCGAAACAAUGGUCAGAAAUGGGCCGUCGACGUUGGUAUCGAGGCAGAGUUCCCCGAGGCUGGCAUCGAAGAAGGGUAUAUGACUUUUACGAACGAGGAGAUUCUGCAGUGCUUUGAGCCGGUCGUGAACCGUAUCCUUGAGCUUGUCAGGAAUCAGAUCAUCGCCAUUCAGGCACAGAACCGGUCAUUGCAGAACGUCUUGGUUGUCGGUGGUUUUGGAGCCUCUGAAUACCUCUUCCAACAAAUCAAACUCCACGUCCCACCUCAGUUUCAAUCAAAGGUCGUCCGUCCCAUGGACUCUGUCGCCGCCAUCGUCAAGGGAGCCGUCACAGCAGGUAUCACCGAGCGUAUCGUCACACACCGUGUUGCACGUAGGCAUUACCUCAUGGCAACUCUCCAACCCUUCAAAGAGGGCCACCACCCCGAACAAUACCGAGUCCCAUCUCUUGACGGCAAGGAUCGCUGCAAGUACACACGCCAAAUCUUUGUGCAAAAGGGACAAAGAGUCAAGAUCGGCGAGCCGGUUAAAGUCUCGUUCUUCAGACAAGUUGCACCCGGCGCUACACUUAUGUACGAGGAUAUACUCUAUGCGUGUGAUGACGAUGUUUGCCCGGAAUACACCAAAGACCCUCGUAUCAAGGAAGUUGUCACACUCACUUCUGAUCUCUCACGAAAGAAUCUCGAAAAGGAUUUUGAACGCAUGGACACGCCCCAAGGUACUUUUUACCGUGUCUACUUUGACAUUUACCUUACUCUCGAUGGCUCGGAGUUCAAUGCCGAGCUGGUUUGCCAGGGCGAGGUCAUGGGCAGGUGUACUGCGCGAUUCAGGUAG